AUCGCUGUUGCCGCGAGAUCGCGCGGCUUUUCAAGAUGGCGGCGACGCGGAGAGUAUCCGAGGCGUGGCUUCUGUAGGGCCCUUUCUCUCUUUGGAGCGACCGGGCGCCGCUCUGCCGUCGGGGUUGGGGGGCUCCGGUCUCUUCCUUCGCGCCCCGUGGAUCGACUGGGAUCAGGCGCGGAUUUGGGCUGUUCGCCUCCCCCUGCUUGGAGCCACCGGCCUUGGCGCCAGUUUUCAUUCAGUGAAACAAUAAAAUAAACAAACUAUCAAAAUGGGGCGAAGAUCCACGUCAUCCACCAAGAGUGGGAAGUUCAUGAAUCCCACAGAUCAAGCUCGCAAGGAGGCUCGAAAAAGGGAGCUUAAGAAGAACAAGAAGCAACGCAUGAUGGUGAGAGCAGCAGUGUUGAAGAUGAAGGAUCCCAAGCAAAUAAUCCGAGAUAUGGAAAAACUUGAUGAAAUGGAGUUUAACCCAGUGCAGCAACCCCAGCUCAAUGAGAAGGUGCUGAAGGACAAGCGUAAGAAAUUACGUGAGACCUUUGAGCGGAUCCUGCGGCUCUAUGAGAAGGAGAAUCCAGACAUCUACAAGGAGUUGCGCAAGCUAGAAGUGGAAUAUGAGCAGAAGAGAUCUCAGCUCAGUCAGUACUUCGAUGCUGUAAAGAAUGCUCAGCAUGUCGAAGUGGAGAGUAUCCCCCUGCCAGAUAUGCCUCAUGCCCCUUCCAACAUCCUCAUUCAGGACAUCCCCCUGCCUGGAGCGCAGCCCCCCUCUAUUCUCAAAAAGACAUCAGCCUAUGGACCUCCUGUCCGGCCUGUUUCUGUACUUCCACCCCCUGGGCUUGGUGUUCCUCGCUUACCUCCAGGCAGGAAGCCUCCAGGACCUCCACCAGGGCCUCCUCCACCUCAGGUCUUGCAGAUGUACGGCCGGAAGGUUGGAUUCACCUCAGAGAUGGCCCCUCGGAGAAGAGAAGAGGAGGUGUCUUACAGUCCAGAGACAGGUCCACGAGGACAGGAUGAUGAAGCUUCCAGUACCAGUGAAGAUGAGGGGUAUCCCGAGGACAUGGAUCAGGACAAGCACGAUGACACUACUGAUGACAGCGACAGUGACAGAAGCGAUGCAGACAGCGAAGGGGAUGAGUUCAUGCAUCACGAUGACACGGCUGAAAGGGAGGGUGGUGAAGACAAGAAAUUGGGUCAUAGUGUACGGUUUGCUGAGAUACCUGGAAAAUCACGCAAGAAGAAGAAGAAGAACAUGAAAGAGCUCACGCCACUUCAGGCCAUGAUGCUGCGAAUGGCUGGCCAGGAAAUUCCUGAGGGAGGCAAAGAGAUAGAGGAAUAUUCUGAAGAGGAAGAUGAUGAUGAUGACGACGACUCAGAGGCUGAAGAUACACCCCAGCAGCAAAGCACGGAAGAGGCCCAUGCUGAGACGGCAUCGUCGGCACCCUCUCAAGCAUCCCAGCCACAGCAGCAGCCACCACCUCAGCCUGUUCCUCCAGCUCAGAUGCAAGCGCCUCCCAUGCCUGGGCCACCUCCUCUUGGGCCACCUCCUGCACCACCCUUGAGGCCUCCAGGGCCACCUACUGGCCUCCCUCCUGGUCCUCCUCCAGGGGCUCCUCCGUUUCUUAGGCCACCUGGGUUGCCUGGACUGCGUGGCCCUUUACCACGACUGUUGCCACCUGGACCUCCCCCUGGCCGCCCACCUGGCCCUCCACCUGGUCCACCGCCAGGUCUACCUCCUGGCCCUCCCCCAAGAGGACCCCCACCUCGCCUACCACCUCCAGCCCCUCCAGGCAUCCCCCCUCCUCGUCCGGGCAUGUUGCGCCCUCCUUUGGUGCCCCCACCUGGGUUAUUCCCCCCAGCUCCCAUUCCCAACCCUGGGGUGCUGAGUGCUCCCCCCAGCUUGAUCCAGCGUCCCAAGGUGGAUGACACCAGUGCAGCCACCAUUGAGAAGAAAGCUACAGCAACCAUCAGCGCCAAGCCACAGAUCACCAACCCCAAGGCUGAGAUCACCCGCUUCGUGCCCACAGCUUUGCGAGUUCGCCGAGAGAACAAAGGGACAGCUGCCACCACCCAGAGAAAACCUGAUGAUGAACCUUCUGUUCAGAUAACCAAAGCAACUCCUAAGGCUGGCUCUUCUGCUCCCAUUUCUGUGCAGACAAAGGAUGAUGUGUAUGAAGCUUUCAUGAAGGAAAUGGAGGGGCUACUGUGACAAUCUGUUUCCAGUUAACCUGUAUAUUCUCUGCGAUUAUGAGAUCAGACUACUAUUCUUAGGGGCAGAGGUUCCAUGUUAUAGUGGCAUCCGGUUGAAGAGCUCCUUCAUUUGUGACAAUAGUCCCCCAUCCCAGUUAACUUUUGAUCACAUUUGGGAGAACGACCACUGCAGAGAGUGGAAAAGGGGUGCAAUUACUCUACUCACUUUUUAAUGAAAGACUUGGUUGUGUCUGUGUGCUCAUGGAAAAUCCUGUUGUCUCAUUUUUGUUAAGGGGAGGAAUUACUUGAGGAACCAAAACACACUGUUAAAGCAUUUCUUCCACAUAUACCUGAUCAAGUUUUUAUGUUUUGUUUUGGUGGCUUUCUGUAAAUAUUUUGUAAUGCUGUUUUUAGCUGGGUGAGAUAAAUGGGUUUACACAUUGUUGUAAGGUGGGCAGGUUACUGUUUGCAUAUGUGGCAUGCAAACAUUUUGCACCCUGUGUAUCCUGCACUCACUACUGUGGCUUCUUGCUUACAGGAGCGAUCAUUGUCUUAUUGAAAUAGAAUAAAUAUUUGAUGUAAUACA